CAUCUCAGUGUUUCAGCGCCUCAGUGGGCUGUUGUGCACAAUUCCUAGAUUAAUUUUGUUGCUCCUUUCAUUUUGGUUGCAUGAAGUAGAUUCAUUUAUUUAACAGCCGCUUCGUGAAGCCUGUCGAGGUUAGAGGUUGCAAAAGAGGAAGCAGACAUGAUAAACCUCGCGAGCAGUAACGGUUAACGCUAGCUAGCUAGCUAGCUACGUUAACUAGCUGUUUUCCGUACAACCAGAGCUCUUAGUAAAAUGGUAUGGCUUGGCGAAACAGGCCAUACUUUAACGUUAAAGCUGUAUUACCAGGUGCUGAAUUUUGGGAUGAUUGUAUCUUCAGCCUUAAUGAUUUGGAAAGGCUUAAUGGUCGUGACUGGAAGUGAAAGCCCAAUUGUGGUUGUUCUCAGCGGGAGCAUGGAGCCUGCAUUUUACAGAGGAGAUCUCCUCUUCCUCACAAAUCGUGUGGACGAUCCAAUAAGAGUGGGAGAAAUCGUGGUGUUCAGGAUUGAGGGAAGAGAGAUCCCCAUUGUGCACAGAGUGCUCAAAAUUCAUGAGAAAGAAAAUGGAGAUAUAAAGUUCUUAACGAAAGGAGAUAAUAAUUCUGUGGAUGACAGAGGCCUAUACAAGCGAGGACAGCACUGGUUGGAGAAGAAAGAUGUGGUGGGCAGAGCCAGAGGGUUUGUGCCUUAUAUAGGAAUUGUUACAAUUUUGAUGAACGACUACCCUAAGUUUAAGUACGCUGUUCUAUGUAUGCUCGGACUCUUCGUUUUGGUACAUAGAGAAUGACACUCCUCCAGCCAAGGACAUGACGAAACAAACCGCAGAGUGAAACCCUUUGGUGGGUCAGUUUUUGCUAGUGUUAAGUUUGCUUGUGAAAAUCGUGCACUUGUUAGAGCAGGUCAAAGAUAUUUUUAAUUCUGUAAAACCCAAAUAUCCAGAGAGGCGUACAGUUAACAGGACCGGUGAUGUUUGUACUUGUUAAUCUUGCUAUGGCAUACCAAACCAACUUUUUUUUUUUUUUUUUUUCUUUCCUGUUGAUGUUCAUGCACCACCUGUUCUAAUCUCUCAAACCUGUUUCUAAAGUUCAGAAUUUUGUAUGGAAUAAAAAAACAUUAAAUGAAA